AUGCCUGCAGCAGGUGUCGCAUUCGCAGAACGAUCUCCGGAUCCGGAGCUAUCAUCCAACUCAUCCAACUCCUCUGACGAGUCGGAUCACCUCGACAAUGCUGCUGCUAGGAAACGGCGCCGCACCUCGCCCGACCUUGAUAUUGGCAAUGAUAAUAGCGACGACGACGACGACGAUGACGGCAAGACUCCAAAGCUAGUGCUGUCUUCCAUAGCGGCGCCUUCUCGAAUCAAAAGAAAUAUUGCAAAGAAGGAAGAGACCAAGUCAACUGCUAAACCCGCUGCUAUUCCCCAAUCGCAGGCGCAAAACCCCAUCCUCGCACCAACCGAUCCCAACACCACCUUUUCAGCCUUGACCGUGCGGCCAUGGCUUGUUCAGUCACUCGAGAAUAUGGCCAUCAAACGGCCAACUGGUAUCCAAAAGGGCUGUAUACCGGAAAUCUUGAAGGGAAGGGACUGCAUUGGUGGUAGCAGAACAGGUUCAGGAAAGACUGUUGCCUUUGCUGUCCCAGUUCUCCAGAAGUGGGCAGAGGAUCCUUCCGCCAUCUUUGCCGUCGUCCUUACGCCAACGCGCGAGCUUGCCCUUCAGAUUUACGAACAGUUCAAGGCCAUCUCCUCACCCCAGAGCCUCAAGAUGAUCCUCAUAACUGGCGGCGCUGACAUGCGUGCUCAAGCCAUUGCGCUGGCUCAACGGCCACACAUCAUCAUUGCAACUCCUGGGCGCUUGGCGGAUCAUAUUAGAACAUCUGGAGAGGAUACGAUAUGUGGAUUGCGAAGGGUUCGCUACGUGGUUCUUGACGAAGCCGAUCGUCUCUUGCAUGCCAGUGGCUCGGGCAGUAUGUUGCCUGAUGUCGAGGAGUGUCUGUCGGUGCUGCCACCUGCUUCCGAAAGACAGACGCUUCUCUUCACGGCUACCAUCACACCAGAAGUGCGCGCGCUCAAAGAUUUACCACAGCGGCCCGGAAAGCCACCUGUUUUUGUAUGCGAAGUCGAUACACAGAUGCUUGCCAUCCCGGCAACGCUGAGCCAGAGACAUGUUCAGAUCCCCAUCACACACAAGGAGCACUAUCUACACGUCUUCUUACUCACUGAGGCAAAUAUCAACAAAUCUAUCAUCAUCUUUUGCAAUCGCACAACGACGGCCGAUUAUCUACAUCACUUAUUGCGACUAUUGGAUCACCGAGUCACGUCUUUGCACUCCAAACUCCCUCAGAGACAGCGAACAGACAACUUGGCUCGCUUCCGAGCUUCAGCAGCCAGGAUCUUGGUAGCUACAGACGUAGCUGCUCGAGGUCUCGACAUCCAAGAGGUUAGCUUGGUAGUGAACUACGAUAUCCCCCGAGACCCGGAUGACUAUAUUCAUCGUGUUGGACGUACCGCCCGUGCGGGACGAAAAGGUGAGGCCGUUACAUUUGUAGGCCAACGAGACGUGGACCUGGUCUUGGCCAUUGAAGAGCGAGUUGGUAGGCAGAUGGAGGCUUGGGAAGAGGAGGGCGUCAACCUGGAGACGAGAGUCAUCCGGGACGCCCUAAAGCUGGUUGGCGAAAAGAAGCGAGAGGCACUGCUAGAGAUGGAGGAAGGCAGAGAAGUGGGCGGCAAGAGGAAAAGGACGAAGCAGAAACUUCAGGCAUAG